AUGGAGCCAUGUGAUUCUGGUCCGGAACGAGCCAUGCGGCAGUACCUAACCCAGCUGCUGGAGACCGGCACCACCCGUUCCACGGGCUGUCUGGACCGCUUCGUGCGGAAGGGCAUGAGCAACUUCCCACCGCAAUCAUCCCUCGAAGGCAAGGCGUCCCGUUGCUCGCUCUUCGAGCAGCUCCUGUCCGGCGGAAGCCGCAAGUCGGAGCGCUUGCUUGUGCCCGAUCUGGCCACCGAGUGGUUCCGCAAGCAGAAAGUGUUUCUGGACAAGCUCAGUCCCGAGGAGCUGGCCGCCCUGAGCGAUGGAUUGGCGGAUAAGAACAGCAAGAACUCGGGACAGAAACAGCGCAGCUCGACUCCUUCUCGCCAGGCACAAGCCAGCAAGUCCGCAGCAGCGGGUCCAGCAGCGAGCCAAGUGAAGGACACCGAGGAGUCUGGCGGCAAGGUGGCAGCAUGCAUACCCACCACGGAAGCACGCGUGGGCAAUGGUAACCCCUUUCUCAUGGGCAAUGCCCAAACGCAGGAGAUGCAAGGCAAGGGUUCCAAGCGAAGGCGGUCGCACUGGGAGAGGGCUGGCCAUCGUUGUCCAGCGCGAGGAGGCAGCUGCUCCUGCCUGAAGCGACGGGCAGGUGCAUCCGGUGGCUGCCUCUUCCAGGCCGAUGGACAGCCCCUGGCCAGCGACUGCUUGGAGGCACUCCGGACGGAGCCGCUGUUGCCGUGCCUGCGACGCAAGUUCGACUUGCGCCAGGCGCCCCAACGGCGUCUCGAUCCGGCGCGCUUUCGUCGCAUUUCGCCGGAGUUCUUUCGCAUCCUGGCCAGCUACGAGGCGUCCAUGUGCGAGAGCUGUCCGCUGUACGGCAUCUCGAUGCAUCACUGGGGCGACACGGAGGCAUGUUGUUCGUGUGGGGAGCGCCAUCCGCAUUUGAAGCACGGAUUUCUGGGCGACGAUUCGGUGGCCACAGCUGUGUUGCCUCCUUCUAGGCCAUCAUUGGAGUCCCGACAAGCGGAGGAGCUCAAGCAGCCGGCCCAGAAGCAGACGGAGAAGAAGGAUUCAAAAUCUUGUAAGGAGAAAUGUGAGAAGUCAAAGAAGUGCUGCUGCUCCAAUGAAACCUGCGCCAAUGACUCCUGCUUGGCAACUAAAGAAAACGGCACGGCAUUCCUGGACGAUUCGUCCUCAUCCGAAGAUGAGCAGCCGGAAGAAAGCCGUAGGAAGCGGGUGGACAUGCGGCAGACCAAAGCGAAUGGUCAGAAGGGCAGGCAGAUGGACAGCAAGCAGACUCCCCCCGAGAAUCGUCAAUCUGAGAGCUGGCAGGGGCGAAGUGUUGACCAACAGGACAGGAAGCAGACGAGUCCCGAGUGGCGGAGGAGAUUCCCCAACAUCUUCCGCCGGCAAUCGCAGUCCUACAGAACUGCCUAUGCUCCCACGCACUUUUCCCCGCUGUCUUCUUAUCCAUCUGCCCCUCCAGUACCUUCUAGUGCAUCUGCUUCUUCACCUGCAUCUUCGCCUGCAUCUCUACCUGCCUCUUCAACUGAUUCUUCGCCUGUUUCGUCGUCAACUUCACCCGAAAUGCCCAGGGGCUGCCAGUGUCGACACCAGCCCAGGGGCAUCCUCAGUGGAUUCACAGGGAUCUGCAAGCGCUGCAUCGAACCAGGUCGCCAUCUGCUCUACAAUUUGAAUGCAAACUACCAGCAGAACCGUGAGCGCUACGGGCAAAUGCGUCAGAACAGAAAGCGGCCAAAAACGGAGGAGCGGGGCACAAAUAUGCCAUUCCAUAUAGCCACACAGCCGGCGCCCUGCAGCUGGAAAAAGUCCAAGGGGCAUUGGAAUGACGGGAUUGAGGAGGGGGACAGCAGCACCACACUGAGGCCCGAAUCUCUGCCGGCAAAUGGUUUCCACAACUGUCAUCCGGACAGCGCAGUUAUCCGUGGACAGUCCAACAGCGAACGCUCCUUGCCAUUUCGCACACCCACCAGUGAGCGGACUUUGGCGGGUUGGAAUCAACUCCCUCAGGAGCAGCCCCCAUUGGAGGUGACGCAAUGCAAGUGCGCAUUGCCGCAGGAAUCCUUCCAACGUCCGCCCGUCAGUAGCUGCACUUUCGCGCUAGCUGACGCAGAACAGGCGGUGCUCCAAAGCUCCGAGGUGACGCGGAAGUCGAUCAGCGAGGUGGAUUACCUAAGGUGUGGACAUCGCGUUAAGGCCUGCUAUGUAUCCAAUGAUUUUCAUCAGCUAAUGAAGCGCGUGGCCAAAAGGAGACCCAAGUCCAAGGGACAGGUUCCAAGCAGACCCAAGUCUGCGAGUCCGCCAUCUGCAGCUAAAGCACCAAACAGAACGAAAGAUCAGGAUGCAGCAGCUCCAUGCCAGCAGUCACCUGAGGCUUCACGUGCAUCUUCAACAGAACGGUCCAGGCUCCAUUCGAAACCCAUAACUACGCCGAAGUCUAAGCCGAGGAUAAUAGCUGCUUUGUUGCCGGAUAAACUGCCAUCCAAGAGAUUAAACAUCACCAACUCAGCCACAGUGAAGUUUCGCAGUCUUCGAAAAGCCAAGAAAAGGAAGCAGGAUCGUGGGCCCAGGCAGGAAAACUUAAGGGCAGCCCCGCUAGGCACAGGCAGUAGUUCCCAUAGCCUGAGAAUGUCUCAGGUGCGAAGCGAUGAUCAGGAGCCACCAGGAAACCCAGCCGCCUAUUCCUCAAGUCCCAGUUGUGCGCAAUUUAAUGGGGACACUGCGCCCAAAGGAUCGUCAAGAGGCACAUCUCCGAAAAGCCGACGAGAGGCGAAGCCCUCAAAGCGGAGUCCUAGCAAGAAGCCAAGUCAGAGGAGACCUUCCUCCUGCAGUUCCUCCAGCGAUCAACGGUGGGCUUCCCAAAGGGGAGUUCCAGAUACUGCCAACAUUUCGGAUGCCUCCUCCUGGACACAGAAAAGUCGAGAGCCAGCAAAGAAGCGGCAACAAAGGCGAAGAUCUCCAUCCAACUCCUCGCAUCCCUCCUACACCGAUGUCAACUCCAGUCAGUGCUCGAGAGCUUGGUCGCGGGGCGAUUCCCACUCCCAGUGCCGAGGCUCACCCUUGAAGUCGGCCAUGAGGAAGGCGGCCACUCAAUACCACGCUUCGCUCCCCAGCUUCGCACCCUCGCACCUGGAGACGGGUCGCAGGUACUACACGGACACACAGCCGGGCGGCGAGGUGGCGGCAUCCCAGUGCAGCUGUCGCUCCCUGCGCUCCGCCACCUCCAUCCGGGCUCUCAGCUCCAACACGGACAGCGUCCGAUGUCCCUGUGCGCCUGCCCCCUCGGUGGCCAGUGUGGAACCGCCGCAGGAGGCGGUCACCGUGGUGCAGGCGCAGCAGGAAGAGCAUUGCUGCUGCUGCCGCUACCACACGCCUCUUCUGGCCAGCCAGCCGCUGGAUGCAGCACAUCCCCAGCCCAGCUCCUCUCCAGCUCCGUGCGCCUGCCGACGUCAUAAGGCCAUGUUAUUCAGUGAUGCCAUGAGGUGGGAGCCACAGCAGCACCACCACGCUCGCACUCUACUGCGCACUCAGCGUCCACCGCCUGCGCCUGCGCCUCCUCCGCCGCACUUGGUCAUGUAUCCACAGUACCAUGUGGGACACCCGCCAGUUCAGCCAGCCCCAGAAUGGCUGCCAGAGUACCCAGCACCUUGUCACUAUCCAAACAACGCCAGCCAGCAGUGGGAAGAUCAGGCGGCAGACCCGCCAUACUACCUCAUGCCGGAAAGAACCAGAAAUGGGUCCUACUCUGGUCAGUUCGCAGGCCAAGAACGGCUGGGAAGGGAUCGAGCCGGAGCCAUAAGGGCCGCUGCCCAGGGUCUUAAGGGCGUGGUCAAAGCUCUGGGAGGAACGCGGCCUAGAUCGCGACCCGAUCCGCAACUGGGCUACUACCAUCAAAGCGGCUGCAGCCAAGAGCGGAAUGCGACUAGCCUGGGACCCACAUUGCCACCCAGGUCGUAUCAGAACCAGACGAGGCAUUCCAGCGAGGCAUCCCAUGCGCAAGGGCAAGGCAUGGAAGCUCCACUUUACAGGGGACCAUCCACAUCGACCUACUACGAGAACUAUCCGCUAAGGAAUGAAGCUGCCAGCAGUUGUGAUGCAGGGCGAAAUGUGGAGAGGCACCAGUCGUCGUUCAGGAUGGAAGGUGGGGGACGGCGAGCCGCUGGAGCUUUAACUUCAGCCGAUGAACCACAAAACGUGGACACUCGCAUGCCACUUGCCAUUUUUUUUGAGAGCUUGAGGGCGAAGCACGGAUCAUCUGAAAUCUCGGCCAGAACUAUGCAGCAGUCAACCAAGCAAGGAGCACAGGAAGCACCUAUGCCAGGCAAUGACUCCGAUUCAAUGGCAUCCUCCAGUGACGAUGAAGCGGACGCAGAUGACAGCUUGGACUGGGGCCACAGGCAGUUGCGCAGUGGCUCGGAGGAUGCCAUGGUCAUCCCACCCACCUACACAGGUCUCCUCGAGGAGCAGGUGCUCGGUGAGUAUCUGCCCAGUCCGCGGUGCAGACGCAGGACAUGACCACAAACCACCACUUUGUGAGCA